CCAGCUUAAAAUGUACAUACAGCGAAGUAUGGGCUUCGUCUUUGCCGGCCUGUAUACCAUUGUUGUUACUGCUUUUUAGUUUCAGACAGGGGCAAGCCCUUCUACGCUACAUUGUAAGACGAUGCAGAAUUAAAUUGAAACGAGACGUGCACGUAUCGCACGCGGCUUUACAGCCUCUCCCACGCCAUUAUCAUCGCGCCUCGCACGGCACGCAUAGCGACUCGCGUGAGAUACAUACAAGCACGCCUCAACCAAAAAAGAAAAAAACGCGGCCAUCUGUACGCAUACACAUCAAGCAUAAGCUUACGCGCUGUGCGUUUGUAUACUUAUAUACGUAUUACACAUUGAGUUCGCGAUUUCUUGAAUAUACUUCCAUUCCAUACAACGUGCAUGAGACGUGCUUUGGCAUUUCCGUACGCAAGUCGCGUACAUACAUGAGUAUUCGAUAUCGCAAUCGGACGUUGCCGACUCAGCAAUAAGCAUCAGCAGCAGUAGUUUAAAGCAGCAGCUGGAGAAGAGCCCGUGCUUCCGUUGCUCUUUGGACGAGCUAUCAAUUCGUAUUUUAUUUCAAAAUACAUUAAAAUCUCGUCUCUGCGAUAAGCGAGAUUCGUAGCUUUCUAGUGCGCCUCACAUUAGUAGUGCGAGAAUUAAAGACGCUAGACUCUAGCUGCCGGACGGAUAACCUUCGUUGACUAAUUAGACAGUGAUAUAAACACGACGCACUCGUUUACAUUGACAAUACGUCAUAAUAGACUUCAUUGAGCCGAGUCGCUUUACGUUCGAAUGGGUGAUAAUAAAAGGAUGUCGAGCGAUAGUUGCAAAACGUUUUCAGGGAAUGAUACUCCUGGGUAUGUGGGUUUUGCCAAUCUACCUAAUCAGGUACAUCGCAAAUCAGUAAAAAAAGGAUUUGAAUUCACACUGAUGGUGGUCGGUGAAUCUGGUCUUGGCAAGUCUACAUUAGUUAAUAGCCUAUUUCUUACUGAUUUAUAUCCAGAAAGAGUUGUACCAAAUGCUACAGAAAAAACAAACCAAGUUGUGAAACUUGAUGCAUCAACUGUUGAAAUUGAAGAAAGAGGUGUCAAACUUCGUUUAACUGUGGUUGACACUCCUGGAUUUGGCGAUGCUAUAGAUAAUUCAGACAGUUUUAGAGCCAUCAUUCAAUACAUUGAUGAUCAAUUUGAAAGAUUCUUACGCGAUGAAAGUGGAUUAAACAGAAGAAAUAUUGUGGACAACAGGAUACAUUGUUGUUUUUACUUCAUUUCUCCAUUUGGUCAUGGACUAAAACCUUUGGACAUUGAAUUUAUGAAACAACUGCAUGGCAAAGUAAAUAUUGUACCUGUUAUUGCCAAAGCUGAUGUUCUAACAAAAAAAGAAAUGCUCCGUCUUAAAAAACGUGUAAUGGAAGAGAUAGAAGAAAAUGGUAUUAAAACUUAUGCCUUACCAGAUUGUGAUAGCGAUGAAGAUGAAGAAUAUAAAGUGCAAGUAAAACAGCUUAAGCAAGCGAUACCUUUUGCUGUUUGUGGUUCAACUACCUUAUUAGAAGUUAAAGGCCGUAAAGUUCGUGGAAGACUGUAUCCUUGGGGUGUUGUUGAGGUAGAAAAUCCUGAUCAUUGCGAUUUUAUUAAGCUCAGAACCAUGUUAAUUACCCACAUGCAAGAUUUGCAAGAAGUCACCCAAGAUGUACAUUAUGAAAACUAUCGAAGUGAAAGAUUAGCGAAAGGAGCUCCAGUUCCACCUCGGCGUCAAACUAUUGUUGACAGCGAUAAGAAUAAUAUUUCUGAAAAAGAUCGUAUAUUGCAAGAGAAAGAAGCAGAGUUACGAAGAAUGCAAGAAAUGCUGGCUCAUAUGCAAGCUCAGAUGCAGCAAAAACAGCAAUAAGAACAAAUGUGGUACAAAGAUAGUCAUCCUUUAUUAUUAAAGUUUAUUCCAAUGAAGUGCAGUUGAAAAAAUUUAACAUGCAUUAAUGAUCAAGCAUGUGCUACAUACUUUUUGAAUCAGUAUUUUUAUUUUUUCUAGUAUAUGGUUUAUUGGUUUAAUACAUGACAAGCAAUGGAAUAACUAUUCAUAAGCCUCAUGCAAGCCACUAAUUACUUACUGCAACAACGAACAACAAAACUUAAGAAGUGCCUUGCACUCAUUUUUUAUAAACAAGAUAUUUAAUUGAUCAUUAAAAUAUUUUUAUACCAAUAAGGCUUUGCCAUUUAUGAAUA